AUGACCAACCAUAUAUUGACCGAGAAGGUUGGAAAUGUGUUUUGGAUCCGUUUCAAUCGAGCUAACAAGUACAAUGCUAUCACUUCCGAGAUGUACCACGCUUUGAUAGCUGCAUUCGAUGAGGCUGACAACGAUGAUGAAGUUUCCGUUACUGUUCUUACAGGCACUGGAGCGUUUUACUGCGCUGGCAGCGACUUCUCAGCCACGGAACUACAGAACUCUGGUUGGCCGAGUGACAGCGGCACAGUGGCGCCGUAUAAGCUAUGGACAGAUCGGCUGAUUCUCCAUUCGAAGCUCCUGGUUGCCCUCGUCAACGGGCCCGCAAUUGGAAUUGCAUGUUCGACAUUGGGACUUUGCGAUGUUGUGCUGGCUUCUGAUAAGGCAUACUUCUAUUGCCCAUUCACCACGUUGGGAUUGAAUCCAGAAGGUUGCAGCAGCUACACGUUUGUUCAGCUUAUGGGACAUAUUAAGGCUGCUCGAUUGAUACUCCUGUCGGAGAAGCUGUCGGUUAAAGAAGCAUGUGAGGCAGGCCUUAUAUCUCAGGUUCUCAUGGAGCAAUUCCGUUGUGAUGAGACUUUGGAAAGAAUGAUGUCAAAGUUCUCAUCCAAAAUAUAA